CCGGCUUCCGCCACAAUGUCGGCUCGCCUCCCGAGACUCGCCCGCUCGUUUUCUUCCUCUGCUGCCCGUAACCUCGCCACUCCUGUAGCUCAGAAGCCGGUCCUGAACAAAGAGUUUAAAAUUUAUCGCUGGAACCCAGAUGAACCCGCCACCAAACCCACCCUCCAGUCCUACACCAUUGACCUCAACCAAACAGGACCAAUGAUUCUCGAUGCUCUCAUCAAGAUUAAGAACGAAGUCGACCCCACUCUCACUUUCCGCCGCUCGUGUCGCGAGGGUAUUUGCGGCUCCUGUGCCAUGAACAUUGACGGCCAGAACACCCUCGCCUGUCUUUGUCGUAUCGAUAGAUCUGGGAAGGAUACCAAGAUUUACCCAUUGCCCCAUAUGUACGUGGUCAAGGACCUCGUUCCAGAUCUCACCCUAUUCUACAAACAAUACAAAUCCAUAAAGCCCUACCUGCAAAACCCCAAUCCACCAGAGGAUGGCAAGGAGUUCUUGCAGAGUCCGGAAGACCGCAAGAAGCUCGAUGGAAUGUACGAGUGCAUCCUCUGUGCCUGUUGUUCGACGAGUUGCCCGAGUUACUGGUGGAAUCAGGACGAAUACCUUGGUCCAGCUACACUGAUGCAAGCUUACCGAUGGAUUGCUGACUCUCGCGACUCGCAAACGGCGGAGCGCAAGGAAGUUUUGCAGAAUGAAAUGAGUCUAUAUCGCUGCCAUACCAUUUUCAACUGCUCUCGUACUUGCCCCAAAGGCCUCAACCCAGCGCUGGCCAUUGCCAAGAUUAAAAUGGAACUUGCAGCAGAUUAG